CAGAGUGACGAAUCUCUACGGAAAGAAAAAGUUACAAAAACAAAACAAACCCUUUUUUAGAGAAAGAGGAAAGAAACAUGGCGGCGGCUGGAAGACCCGGAGCUUCACCACGGAGCUUCGUGUGACACCAGGCCGGUCUGUGAGCGACUGUCAGCGGGGAAACGGCACCGAGAAGCGGCCCGCGCUGCGGACUUCAUGGCUGCUCUGACAGCAACACGGUUGAAGCUAGAGAGGGGAUACAGCUACGGCCGCGAGAGUUACGUUUAGACACCAAAACGACUAGUUAAGUUUGGGGAAAAAAGAUCGUGGCUUUGGUUAAAACACUCGUGCGUUUCCUGGGUGAAAGUAUUAAAAUAUAUCAGCCGAGAUUUUGCGUAGCUUCCGGCCGUUGCUGUAUCCCUUCUAGCCCACCCGCACAGUCAUGACCGAUUCAGCGGGAGGGUCGCAGCGCUGCGCCCGGGUCGGGGCUCCGGGACGCGGCGGCGGCGGCAGGUCCGCCUCGGAGACCCGCUGGAGGAGACACAUCGUCGGGCAGCUGAAGCACCGAGACCUGAGCCAGCACGCCAAGUUCCAGGAUCUGAUCCGCUUCUACACUCAGCUGCUGGAGAAGAGCAGCCUGACCAAAGGACUCCUGAGCCGCUCCGCCAGGCGUCCCUCCGCUGACAGCAGCUGCUCCGUCAGCUCUCUGAAGAAAACUACGGGAGAGCUGGCCUAUCGGGUGCUGGAGCUGCAGCAGCAGAUUAAGGUCCGAGAAAGGCUUCUGGACGAGCAGCAUGCCAGACUGCUGGAGGAGGAGCGCCGGCUGGAGGGGGCGCUGGAUGCGCGGCAGGCGCUGCGGGGGCGGGUGGAGCAGGUUCAGGCGGACAACGGGACGCUGAAGGCGGAGUACGACGCGUUGCUGGAGCGACAGCGAGCGGCGGAGACGAGGCUGAGAGACGAGACGCUGAGAGAGGGGCGCCUGCUGCAGGACGUCAUCCAGCUCAAACAGCAGGCCGCAGAGCGCCUGAACAGCCGCAACGAACGCAAGUCCAGAGCUCGAGAAGCGAAGCUGCAGGAGCUGCAGGCUGCUGCCAGGUCAAAGGUCACCAUGGACAGUUGUCGUCCAUCGUCUCCGGAGACGGCCGCGACGCCGGCCAGAGGCCACACCAGACUCUUCAGAUCUGCGUCAGCGACGUCUCCCAGGAUCCUCUCCUCCUUCAGAGAGCUGUUUGACAGGAAGAGGCGUGGCCACUCGGUCUGCAGCCCGGAGGAGGAGCUGGUGUUUCCUGUACGAAUCUGCCUCUCAGCCAGAGUCCCGGCCAGAGCGCUACAAGUCCUGGUAACGCACACAUGC